AUGACUGGUGCUUCCUACUCUGCUCCGAACACCGUAGCCAAGGACGGCUUGUGGAGCAAGCACCAGACCGCGUACAUGAGCUGGGACCUCAAUGCCAACACGCAGACCGAAUUUGUCGUUGCCAGUACCCAGCACGACCAAUUCUGCCCGGGUCUCAACGCCCUGGCUGACGGUCGCCUGAACAUCAACGGAGGAAACACCGACCGGGCCACCACCAUGGAAUUCACGAUCGGAGGCUCCUUCACUGGAGGUAUCGGAGGCACGGAAGUCCCCCUCAAAGACGGCGAGGUCUACGAUCCCGCUUCCAACAUCUGGUCUGCGCUUCCCAGUGCCAAACCCGGACCGAGGAAGCAGCUGAAAUGGUACAGCAACUCGGGGCAAGGCGGCGCGCGAGGCGCCGGUACGCGCAACGCUAUCAAUGACCAGAUGUGCGGUGUGACCGUCAUGUAUGACAACGGUGUCAUCUUCUCCGCCGGUGGCUCGCAGAGCUACAGUGACAGCGAUGGGCUUACGGCUACGCACAAGAUCACGAUCAAGGGCGUCAACACCGCGCCAGCCGUCCAGACGGAUGUACGCCAAUGCGGUGGUUCUGCGCAACGGCCAGGUGUUCAUCGUUGGCGAUUAGACGUAUGCAAUGCCUACACUCUGGUUGCGCUGAUUGCGGUGCCACACAACUAUCACUCGACUUUGCUUCUGAUGCCCGACGGACGCGUGAUGAGCGGGGGUGGCGGCUUGUGCUACGUGGGUGGCAACUGCCAAGGCACUAACCAUCCGGACAUGCAGUUCUACAGUCCUUCGUACCUGUUUGACGCCAGCGGCAAUGCUGCUGCUCGCUCUCAGAUCACCAAGCUGGCGUCGAGCCAGCAGAACGGUGAUCAGAUCCGUGUUUACCCGGGCGACACGCUCACUGUGACGCUCAACAGCGCUUCGGGUCUCGGCCACGUGUUGAUCCGAAUGGGAUCGUCGACGCACUCGGUCAACACUGAUCAACGCCGUAUCACUCGAACAGUGCAUUUGACUUCGGGCAACACUGUCACACUUCGCCUUCCCAGCGACACUGGCGACGUCACGCCUGGAUUCUGUUACUACCUUGCCGUUGCUUCGAGCGGUGCCCACAGCAUCGGCCAGACGGUCAAUGUUCUCAAAGUCUAG